AUGAGCGAAAAAGAAAACAAGCAAAAUGAAUAUCGUGUUGUUGUUGGUAUCGAUUUCGGAACAACUUAUUCGGGUUUCGCGUAUGCACAUAAAAAAGCUCCACGUGAAAUUUUUCCAUACAUAGAUUGGCCAGAAUUUAGUGGUCGGUUUAAAACUCCGACGGCACUAUUAUACGAUGAAGGAUUUAAGAAUCUUAAAGCGUGGGGAUUUCCAGCAUUAGCAGAACGACCAACUAGGAGAAAUAAAAAUACUACUUCUAAACCCGUAGAAAGAUUUAAACUUCAUUUAGGAAAAAUGGAAAACAAACCUCCCUUACCUAAUGGACUUGAUUAUAAAAAAGCUAUAACUGAUUACCUUCGGGAAUUGAGUAAGCUUAUAAAACAAACUAUUGAUAAUCAUUGGAAACUUGACUUCUUUGAACAAGUUUUACUUGUAGUAACGGUCCCUUCUGAAUUUGAUGAUAAUGCAAUUUCGAUUAUGAGAACAUGUUCCUUUGAAGCGGGACUAAUGAAGUCUCAAAAUAGUCGAAAUUUAGUUUUUACAACGGAACCCGAAGCUGCUGCGGUUCAUUGUAUGAAAUCCUUAAAUCAGCAUAAUAUACGAGUUGGUGCAAACUUUAUGGUUGUUGAUUGUGGUGGUGGGACCGUAGAUUUAACAACUCGACAACUCUUGGAUAAUGACAAAUUAAGUGAAAUUACAGAGAGAACUGGAGAUUAUUGUGGUGGAAGUUACGUAGAUCAAGAAUUUCUUAAGUUUUUAGGAUGUAGAGUCGGCGUUUCCACAGUAAAUACGGUAAUAGACAAACACUAUCACCAACUUCAAUACAUGGUACAAGAAUUUUGUAGACAAGUUAAGAUAAAAUUUACCGGAAUUAAAUCAGAAUUUGUUCCUGUCAACUUGGAAUUAGAUGAACUUUGCCCUGUUUUAGAAAAAUACUGUAAAGGGGAAUACUUGAAUAGGAUGGAACAAGAUGAUUGGAGUAUUCGAUUAAAUUUUGAAGACGUUAAAGCAAUGUUUGAUCCUGUUAUAGAACGAAUUAUACGGUUAAUUAACAAUCAAUUACGUUCCAAUAAUAAUUGUUCUGCGUUAAUAAUGGUCGGUGGAUUUAGCGAAUCAAAAUAUUUGCAAUCAAGAAUCAAACAAGAAUUCAGUACAAAAGUAAAAAUUAUUUCCAUACCACCCCAACCGGUUACCGCUAUUGUUAAAGGAGCUGUUGAAUAUGGAUUGAGAGAAGAGGUGGUUUCUACGCGUGUUUUGAAAUGGACCUAUGGAACUGAUAUUACGGGAGUUUGGAGACGAGGAGACCCAGAAGAAAGAAAAUUACCCGGUGGCAAAAUCGUUACAUUUGACAGACUAGCAAAACGAGGCACACAAGUAGCAGUUGAUCAGAAAGUGGUUAGAUCAUAUAUACCAUGUAGUAACUUACAACGUAAAAUGGGUUUGGAUGUAUAUAUUACACCUGAAGAUGAUGCAAAAUAUUGUGAACAUCCUGUUAAGCCUCUUGGUAGAUGGUCAAUUGAUUUGCCUCUCUCCUUAAAUGAUGAUGAUCGCUCUAUUAUAUUCACACUGACUUUUGGUAAUGUUGAAAUUCAAGCCAACGUUGUUAACUCUGGUACAGGUGAAUCCUAUGAUACUAAAUUUCUUUUAGAUAUAUAA